AUGGGACCCAAGAGCAGAAUGAAAAUACCAGACCUGGAGAUCAAGACAGACAAGGAGACAUACUUGUCCAUUGUGUACAAGGUUGCGCGCAAGCUGCGCUUGAACAUCAUCCGGAAGCCGGCAUCCGUUGAAGAGCUGGACUACAUCAGUUUCCUCCCUCCUGGGAAAGGUCUUGGUCAGCUAGAAUCUGCAAUAGUUUUUAGCCUGCAAAGGGGGUACGAGAAGGCCAAGCACUGUUCUCCGGACGAAGUCUUUAGCCAGACGCAAGGCAGCCUUUCAGGGUUUCAGGUCCAAGACAACAUUCAUCAAGCAGGCUUUGGGGAGGGAUCAGCGUCGCUUGAUAACCUGUACCCAACGGUGCAGCCCAAGCGGGUUUUUGACUCGUACAUGCUGAGCGGCGGAAGGAAGACGCCAGACCGGGGUGUCUUCUACCGGCCGUGGUCUCCCGAGAGCCCGGACCCCUGGAUAGGGCUAGUCUUCGGCUUCGAGACCGCGCCCGGAAUAUUCCAAGACGCCUGGGUGACCAACCCCUUAUGCCUGCAAGCUUUCCAGAGGCCCUUCGACGCCUUCAAGCGGGCCUUGCAGAAUCUUAAGCGCAGGACAGAGGGCCAGGUCACAACCUGCAUCGAGCCGUCCUUGAAGGCGGUGACGCCACACUGGGGAGAGUACAAGAGAAGCGCCUGUCACGCCGUGCGCUUCGGGCAGCCUCCAAGCGCGGUCUACGUAACGUUCUUUGGAGAUCAUCGGGACUGCCCUCGAUUCCUCCUUCCGAUUGUCGUCCAGGGUUUCGCGGACGCGCUGAAGUGCCACCCGGAAAGUGUGGUUGUGGUUUUGUGGACGAGCCAGCAGGUCCACGUGGCGUCAGCAGAGGACCAGACGGCAAUGUACACUCUGGGACGGAUGCAGCAUCUGCACAAGUUUCAGAUUGACGCCGCGGACUACAAGGAGCGGAUCUGUGCCGCGCCUUUCCAGUUCAGUGGGUUGUCCAGCGACGGGUAUCUGGUGGAAUGGAAGCCCUACCCGCUGUACGGCAAGACGGAAGCUCUAAGGGUCCCACGUGGCACGAGCUCAGAGUCGAUGCGUGUCCUGUACCCUGUCCCAAGAAGCGAGGCCGUGGCGCGGAAGCUGGAGCGACUGGGGGAUAAAAUCCCCAUCGUGACAGAGCUCUCUGUGGAAAGAAGGGUGAGGACCUUCUCCGAUGUGCGAGGUGCCGAAAGGAACGGUACUGCUCUCGGGGCUGUCAGAUCAAGCACUGGGCGGCUGGACACAAGAAAGUAUGCACACCGUGACGACGACCCGUGA